AUGCUCAGCCAGGUCAAAAUGAUCGACAGCGGCGACUGGAAGUUCAACGCCUCGGGGAAGCUCUUGCGGAACGCGGUGCCUUUGGAGGAGGUCGUGCGGGAGGUGAAGCAGGACGGAUGGGAGGCCUUUGACAAGAGCGAGUGCUCUGAGCUGGAGCUGGAGAUCGCGCAGUGCCUGGCGCCGCAGGUGACGGAAGCUUGGAGUCGCAAGGACCACUUCAUGGAGGAACUGGGUGUGGACUCGGGCGGCUUCGGCCGGCUCAUCACCCAGAUGCGCGCACGACCCAGGCUGCACAAGGUGGACCUCCAGAUGCUCUUCGAGUACCCCACGGUGCAGGCGCUUGCGCAGCAUCUGUCCGAGGAGUCCGCGGACUCGGACGACAAGGUGACCGCAGACUCUGCGGGCGAGACCUUCGUGGAUGUCUUCUUGGCUUCAGUGGCGAUGAAUCCCCACAGCCUGUGCCGUGAGUCGCAGUGCGAAGCUUUGAGCUACCUGCAGAUGCGGAGGUUGGCCUGCGCCUAUCAGCGGCUGUUGCGUCGCGCCAAGCCACGCCGUCCUGCCCCCGUUGCUAUCCUUUUGCAAGGAUACCAGCAGAUGGCUGCGAUGAUAGCGGCAUGCAUGGAGGGUCUCGCCUUCUGCUUGCUUGACAACACUGAAGACUUGGCGGAGCAGCUGCAGCAGCUCGAACCUUGUGCCGUCAUGGCAGAGGCGCAGACGUUGGCGGAGCUGGCCUGGAAGGGCCAAACCAGCGCCGCGUUAGUGGACGUGAGCGGCGCUUCUGCGCUCCUCGCCCAACCGCCGCUGGCGAACCUUGGUGCCAAGGCGGAGGACGCCGCGUGCGUGGCCUUGGCGCCUGCCACCCAGCCGCUGGUGCUGUCCCACUCGCAGCUGGCGGCGCUGGUGGAGGUGUGGCGCCCGCAUUUGAUGCCUUCGAAGCGCGUGCGCCUCAGCGCCGGUCUGGGCACUUGCGCCCGGACGGUGGCAGCCGUGGCCACGAUGAGCUGUGGGGCCACGCUGGUGGAGGAUCGCCCGCAGCUGGUGAUCUCCGAGUCUGGGCAAACGCCCAAAGCGCAGACCUUGGUGGUGGCGGGCCAGACGUGGUUCACUGCGGUGCCGGAGGCUCCUCGCUUCAACAGCGCUACCUGGUCCCAGAACAGUCGCCUCAGCGGGCUGCUGGCUUCCGCGAGCAGGCUGUCGCUGGCCACCGAGCUGGGGCCCUACAUGCUGGGCCGCGGCAAGAACAAGAGCUACGGACCCCACAGCUGGCCGAAGCUGUGCGCGAUGGUGCAGGGCCUGGCGAUCUUGGCCCAGCCGGUGAUGGUUGCAGCACGGCUACUCCUCGCUGAACGGAUUUUGCUGCCCAUGAUCUUUGUGGCGCCCAUGUGGCUCAUAGCCAUCGUGCUGCUUGCCUUGCUGACCUUCGAGCAAUUUCUCCAUGUGUUCAUCCUGGUGGCCACAAAGUGA